AUGAACUUGAGGGAAUUCCAAUCCAUGAAAAUUCUAAUAAAAAUACAAAAAAGUAAUUGCAGAGCUACAACACAUACUGUUCUUAUUGUUCGAGCCAAGACAUUAGGAAUUGAUGUCCAAGUAGAGCACAAUGCAUCUGUUAUGAAUGCUGUUGGCGUUUGUGGAUUGCAAUUGUAUCGAUAUGAUAUAAAAGUGAAGCAACCUUCAUUGGAAUCCUUGUCCAGGUAUGUGUCCAGAGAUCUUCCUGUUGUUGUCCUUUGUGCAGCUCCACAUUUUCAAAAUUUGGGGCUUAUUUAUCUCUUAAUCAUUUACUUGAAAGGGAUAGCCUGGACCAAAAAGACAACAGAAGCGCGCGACAGUUUUGAAGAAAAACAUACAAAGCUAGCAAGUAAAACUGGCCGUGUCAAUUUCUCAUAUCGCAUUGACAUGAAAAAGUUGCAAAUUGCUUACCGUCAUUCAGUUUAA